UAAAAUAACGACUUUUGUUAUUUUUAAAGAUUUUAAAUUAUAUACUGAUAAAUUUUUAGUCUUUAGCGUGUGAUUUACAGAUUAGGCGAUGGGUCAUGUAGCUGAAUCCUUGGACCAUCCAGACAGUACAAAAUCCUUUCUAGAAGAUAUAAUAUCUUCAUACAAAAGAUUAAAAGGAUUAACUGAAAACCAAAGUCGAACAAUUAAUGGGCUUUGCGCCGAAAAAGAAGAUGUUGUUCAACGAUUACGUAAUCUCGUAAACAGAAGAAUCGAAAGUCAAGGGCCUGAUUUUGAUGAAUACUGUAUAAAUCGCAGAGGUUCCAGACAAUACGAGCAUAUUGAUCCCUCGCGAAUACGAACUAGAAUUAUGAAAAAAACAUUAAGUGUAGACAAACCUCAAUUAGAGAAUAAACCUACGAUAGAAACGGCGACUUCUGAAAUUUAAUGAGUUACUUUAUUAUUUCCUGUGUUUUCUCAGUGGAAUACUUUAAUGUAUCUUAUCUGCAUUCUGUGUUUCCUCACUCAAAUACUUUACAAAAAUUAUAAAAUAAAUAUUUUGAUUACUUAUAGUAUUGUUGAGAAUGUUAUAGGCUACAACUUUAUGAUUUUGUUUAA